AUGCUGCAGACCAAGACAUAUCCGAUCUCUGCACUUCCGCUGCCUCCAUCGACCCGUAUCCUCACGCGUAAUCUCACCCCGGAUCCACAAACACCCUCAGUGUCGAGUUUCUAUGACACACUCUCCAGGACGCCCAGCCUGCAAUGCAAGGCGUGGUUGCUCGCCCCACACGCACAUUUCUCGCUGGUCGUACCGUGCCCCCAGCCAUUUCCCUACCGGAUCCCGCUGCCGGAGAAUGGAGAGCCCAUCGCCGACCGGGCAGCCUACGUCGAAAAAUGGCUCGCAGAUCGCGAGGCCCUGCACGAGCGGCCUACAGCAGCUUCUCCGACUAGCGGUCUGCGGGACUGCGUGCCCCACUUGAAAGUCAGCGAUGUUUUCGCGACACUCGGAUCCCCGUCGCUGGCGCGAGCUUCCACUGAUCCCAACCCUGAGACCGCAAAGCCCUCGUCCGUGUCGGAAGAGGACACUGCAGCCCGCGAGGAGCUUAUCGAUGUCCUUAGUGGAUAUGCAGUUUUACUUUCCACUGACGGCGACCCUGAGACGCACUGGGCGCCUUGGUCCCUAUGCUACAGUGGCCAUCAGUUUGGUGUCUGGGCCGGCCAGCUGGGCGAUGGAAGGGCGAUCUCAGUCCUGUCUACGCCACAUCCCUCUGAUCCUGACUUGAUUUACGAGCUUCAGUUGAAGGGCGCAGGUCGUACGCCCUUCUCGCGCAACGGAGAUGGGCUGGCCGUAGUUAGAUCCUCUAUUCGCGAGUAUCUAUGUUCAGAAGCCAUGCAUGCACUCUCUAUACCCACCACCUGCUCACUCUCGCUGAUUUCUCUCUCCGAGCUCCCAGUUGCCCGCGAGUGCAUGGAAAGUGCAUGCGUGCUCACCCGCAUGGCACCUUCAUUCAUCCGUAUAGUCUCCUUUGAAGCCUUAAAUCCUCUCGAGGGCACUUCCGUCUUCAGAAUAGGUCAACAGGACACGCACUGGGAAGGCCUACGUGUGCUGGGGGAGUGGGUCGUCCACCGGGUGCUCAAGUUCGAGGGCCUGCAGUGGAGGGGAGAGGGCGUCGAACAUGGUGAUCCGUGGGGCACCAAGCUGGUACUCGAGGUCGUGAGGAGGAAUGCAAAGAUGGUUGCUGCCUGGCAGGCCUAUGGAUUCAUGCACGGUGUUAUCAACGCGGAUAAUGUCUCCGUCCUUGGCCUGACAAUCAGUUAUGGACCUUUCGUGUUCAUGGAUGUCUUCGACCCAUUCCACAUUUGCAAUCAUACCGAUGAUGAAGGAAGGUACUCAUACAAGCUCCAGCCAUUCAUGAUCAUUUAUGCUCUCCGCGUGCUUCUGACAGCCCUUUCCCCAAUAAUCGGAGCAGAGGCAGAACUCCACAGGGCAGUCUUCGCCGGAUGGGCGGAGGAUGCCUCACCCGACAAGCUCGCUGAAUGGCGCAAGAAAGGCUCCGAGCUCGUCAAAGACGAGAUGGAACGCAUCGCACAGGACAUCUGCUCCGCCGAGUAUGGCAGGCUCAUGCACAAGGCAAGCAGAGUGCGUCUAGCGCUGCGCCGCUUUGAUGCCACCGACGAGCUGAGGCUCGCACAUCCGUUGUUCAAUCUCAUGUCGGAACAUGAACACGAUUUCCACUCUACCUUCAGGCAGCCCGCCUUCUUCUGCCCGACUAUGGCGGAAGGAAGCUUUGACUCUGCUACUGGCCCAGCCCUCGGCGAAUACAUCUCUGGCAUACUCUCAUCGGCGUCUGAGCAGCAACGGCUGGACUGA